AGCUCGAGCAGAUAGAUGGCGUAGCGACAUUGCUAACAGAAUCCUGACGCUUAGCCCUCCCCUCAUUGUUUUACUGAAUAAGAGGAGGAUACAACACUACAUGUAAUAUUUGCUCACGAGAAACUGAAAGCGAAGAGCACAGACUCUAAUUGAGCUGUUUUGUUGUUGAACGAGGCAUUAAAAGCGAGUAAUGUAGGACGGAUGGUGUAACGUAAAAGUACUAGCAGCCUGCUAGCGCUUCAUAUAUGUGUUUGUAUGUGUGUGUGUAUGUGUGUGUGAACCCGGGACGCGCAGAGGCUUUUUUUUUUUACUCAAUAACACUCUACGAAAGAAAAGUGCGAGCAAAUUUGCUCGGCUAAGCAAAUAUCAAAAGUCGCUGGCUUGGAUUUUGGCUCGUUUUAUGAGCAAGAAGAGAAGAGAGGAGCAGUAAACUUGACUCAGGAAUGACGGACAUUGCUGCAGUGUCUCCACAUUCAUAUAGGUCUGAUUGAGCGGAGCGGUGAGCUACGAACAGAAUGAUCCAGCAGGGUGACUAAGAGGAGGAAGAAGGGGAGAGAGGAUGGGUGUGAAUGCCUCCAGCUACCCUCACUCGUGCUCCCCUCGAUUCGGGGGUAACCCACAGACCCAGCAGACCUUCAUAGGCGCCUCCUAUGCACCACAGGGUUAUGGCGGCGAGUCCAAGCUCUACAGCCUAGAACAUGGCCCUGAAAAACCUCAGGACAAGAAGAAAAAGAGCUCUGGUUUGGCCACCCUCAAGAGGAGGUUCAUUAAGCGACGCAAGUCCAGUCGGUCGGCCGAUCAUGCACGGCAGAUGCGCGAGCUCCUCUCAGGGUGGGAUGUGCGUGACGUCAAUGCCCUGGUGGAGGAGUAUGAGGGCACGGCAGCGCUCAAAGAGCUCAGUCUGCAGGCGGGCCUGGCCCGGCCCGAGGCGCGCACCCUGCAACGUGAUUUAGCCACCCUUUAUCAGCACAAGUACUGCACCGACGUGGACCUGAUCUUCCAGGAUUCCUGCUUCCCAGCACACCGUGCCGUUCUGGCUGCCCGCUGCCCGUUCUUCAAAACCCUGCUUUCGUCGUCACCGGGUUAUGGGGCUGAGGUGUUGUUGGACGUUGGGACAGCAGGCAUGGAUGCGCCUAUGUUCUCCUCAUUGCUGCAUUACCUCUACACGGGUGAGCUGGGCUCGGAGGACGCAAGGUUGCAGAAUGUGGAUGUGCUGGUGAGACUGAGCGAAGAGUUCGGUACGCCCAACUCCUUAGAAGCCGACAUGCGAAACCUCUGUGAGCACAUGCCAUAUUUUGACUCGCUGCUGAGCUUCUCCUCGGACUCUGAGCUGGUGGAGGCCUUCGGAGCAGGUGGACCUGCUCCUAGCGGCAUGGGAAGUGGAAACGCAGGGGUGAGCCACAGCUUGCCUGAAGAGGAGCUAAGGGCCCACAAGUCAGUGCUCUCGGCACGCUCACCUUUCUUCCGCAACCUUCUGCAACGACGCAUCCGCUCGGGUGAGGAGAUCACUGAGCGCACUCUGCAAACCCCCACCCGUAUUAUCCUCGAUGAAUCCAUCAUUCCCAAGAAGUACGCCCGAGUGGUCUUGCACUGCAUGUACACAGAUGCGGUUGACCUUUCGCUGGUGCUCCGCGGGAGCCCUUCUGAAGGCAGUCUUGGUGAAGUUCAGGCGCUGGUGGCUGGGAGAGGAUGCAUGAGCCGGGCCGAAGAAGCCAUGGAGCUCUACCACAUUGCCCUCUUCUUGGAGUUCAGCAUGCUUGCUCAGGGCUGUGAAGACAUUGUGGCAGACAGCAUCUCGCUGGACACUGUGGUGGCCAUCCUGAAGUGGAGCUCACAGCCCUAUGGCUCCAAAUGGGUUCAUCGGCAGGCCAUGCACUUCCUGUGCGAGGAGUUCAGCCAGAUCAUGACCUCCGACGUCCUCUAUGAGCUAAGCAAGGAGCACCUGCUGGUGGCCAUUCAGUCUGAUUAUCUGCAGGCCAGUGAACAGGACAUCCUCAAGUAUGUUGUGAAGUGGGGCGAACACCAGCUCAUCAAGAGGAUGGCCGAUAGAGAGCCGAACCUGUUAAGUGGUACUGCACAUAGUGUGAAUAAACGUGGUGUGAAAAGAAGGGAUCUGGACCUGGAAGAGCUUAAAGAGAUUCUCUCUCCGCUGCUGCCUUUCGUCCGAACUGAGCACAUAUUACCCACCAACAGUGAGGUCCUCUCUGACACUAUGAAGAGGGGUCUGAUCAGCACCCCUCCUUCUGACAUGCUGCCCACAGCAGAGGGAGGCAAAGCCAACGCCUGGCUCCGGCAGAAGAGUGCUGGCAUUUAUGUCCGCCCACGGCUCUUCUCUCCUUAUGUGGAGGAGGCCAAGGCGGUUCUGGAGGAGAUGAUGGUUGAGCAGACCGAUCUGGUUAGGCUGCGCAUGGUUCGUAUGUCCAAUGUACCCGACACACUCUACAUGGUGAACAAUGCCGUCCCUCAGUGCUGUCACAUGAUCAACCACCAGCAAAUGGCUGGCAGCCAGACAGCUCCGCCGUCUGUGGUUGCUAAUGAGAUACCAGUGCCCAGGUUGGCAGUAGUGAAGGAAAUGAUCCGUAGGCUGCAGGAGCUGCGUCACACAGACCAGGUGCAGCGAGCAUAUGCUCUGAACUGUGGUGAGGGCGCCACAGUCAGCUACGAGCUGCAGAUCCGUGUGCUCCGAGAGUUUGGCCUACCUGACGGGGCUGCAGAACUCCUACAGAAUCCGCACAAAUUCUUUCCUGAGGAGCGUUUCGGAGAUGAGAGUCCCGUCCUGGCCUUGCGCCAGUCAGGUCGCUGCCGGGUCAACAGUACACCAGCUGUGGAGAGUAUGUUCACUGACCUGGAGGCUCUGGUGGGCUUCCACCCUCCUCUGCCCCCACCUCCUCCGCCAUACCAUCCCCCGACCACCCCGGGCCAUAGCCAGCAGCAGUUUAAAGCAGGCUGGAGACCACGGGUCCCCAGCCAACCUCCCUCCAGAUCUUUCUCCUACCCCUGCAAUCAUGCACUCCUUCAUAGGCAGCCCUCUUCUAAAAUGGGCAGCCCAGUCUACCCACCAGGAGCCAAACCCCUGCCCCCAGACUGCACUAAUGCACAGGGGGGAAGGAAUCUUCAUCCUGACAAGCAAAUGCAGAACAUGGAGCCUGUCAUCAACGAGUUCAUGCCAGACAUCGCCAUGGGUGUUUCGGCAAUGAGCCUGAAGGAACGGCGACUUCCGGAGGUCUCUAUGGAGGUGGAGAGUCACGAAGCACACCCUCACCUUUCUACAGCUCCUACCAUGUCCCACAGCUACUCCAGCCGUCACCCGCACUCCUCCCGCAAGCGGCAUGCAGCCGAAUCCAAGCCCGAGGGCCCGCAGCCUGACUUCCCAGAUCUCUACGAGUUCCCGGGCCGCCACGCACCUCCCUACUGUGGACCAGACCUCUACAUCCACGGGCGUCAGGCGGGCGGAGGGGCGCCACCUCCGUCCUACUCAGAGGCUUCAGAAUCACUCCGCCUGGAUGUGCUGGAACAGCCUCCACAGAGACUAGACUUGGCGAUCGUCUCGCAAGGGGGCAUUGCGCAAGCCGUGCAGAGGUCACGGCCCAUAAAUGAGACGGACCUCACCUGUGGGCUCGGCCCCUCCACAGAACAGUAUGAGGAAUGGCCCACAGGCCGCCGGCCUGCUCCAGAGGGAAUUGGGCUGGGCUUAGGGGCGAACGUAGGGACUGGGGAUGAGGGAGGGUUGGGUGCCCGAGACCGAAGGUCACCCAACAAACCUGACUACCCCUACAGGAAGUCUGCUCUCUGACCCCUGAUUAAAAAGAGACUAAGGACUGAUUUAAAUGCUAAGUGUAAGCAAACAGGUGAGGCACCAGCAGUCCUGCACUUUGUAUUCUUUCGAGGGCCGACAGUAUCUUGAAGUGAUGAACGCCCAUAAGCUAUGUGAGUGGCUGCUUUUCUGAUGGGAGAUGCUAAAGGGAGAUGUCACUUAAACUGCUCCAGAUAAGUGUGAAACCUAGUAUAGACUGAGGAGAGCUUGGUUUGGUUGUGUGCACCCUGAAAAGAGGUCAAAAUUUCAAAAUUUUAGUCUGAUUCUUUUAAACAGCCAUGAAAGUCCUUUUGGCACCCUGGACAUCCUGGUUCUCACAUGUACAGAUCUACAGAUAUCAUAGUAUAUUUCUUUUACUUUCAUUUCCCUGAACAUACUAGUAUGACUGGAUAAAAUAUAUAUUUAUUUAGAUGCACACAUUUUGUUCCUUAGGAGUAAAUUGAAAAAAUAUGAAGGCAAUAAGUUGCAAACUCAUUACUUUGUCUAGUCCUUGAAAAACGGCUCCUUCUUCUUUUGAGGGCAGAGUGGCAGUAAUAGCUCGUGUAAUCCGCUGCAUUUGCCGGCUUUUACAUUAGCCUGUGCAAUUUAAGAGCCGAGAUGGAACAUAAAAGGGAAAACAAAUGAAAUCCCCUGUCUCCUAUGAGGCAACUUAUCAGGCAUAACAAUGGCACAGAUGCACCAUUAAAUGUGAAUGGGGCUUUGUUUUACCGUGUUUCACAACCCAGAUCUGCAGAUUCAUUCCAGUGUAUUUAACUUUAAAAACGAUCUGUCCUCUCAAACAAAAAUUUGGCACCCUCUUUUGCAUUCAGAUUCUCUUUCCAAGGCUGCAGUUGCUGGCAUUCCUGAGAGAUGGCAAAUGUGGGUUGAUCAUUAUCAGCCUUGUCCUCCAGAAAUGUACAGGAAACUCAAUCAAACCAAUCUCAUUCCGCGUCUUCACUCCUCUGGUUUGGUGGGACAGCAGAAGUCCAUGGGCGGAAGUUCAUUAGCUUUUCUAUGCUAGUUCUGUCAGCAGAUGACCAACAAUUAUGAUGUCAUGAACAGGCUUUGCAAAAAAAGAGAAAUCUUGGAAAGUGUCAUGGACACAAAGAUUUAGAGGAUUUACUUUUGAUUUGUUACACAACACUUUAAGAAACAAGAUCUCACACACUGCUGCACACCCUAUCUAUAAAAGUGACUUAUUUUAAGCUUUUUUUUAACAUCUGAAAUACCUGUAUUCUAUAAGAACUGUGCAAUAGGCAGCCUUUCCAUUUUAAAUACUCAUUUUGCUCUCUUUUCCUUACAGUAAGAAUUUUUCUCAGAUUAUCAUACUGACACACAAAUAUGCAGGCUAGUUCACCCAAAAAUGUAAAUUGUCACUAUUUACUCAUCAUCAUGUCAUUCCAAACCUGUGUGACUUUCUUUCUUUUUGUAGAACACAAAAGAAGACUUUUUCUCCAUACAAUAAAAGUCAGUGGGAUCCAAAAACAACAACAUUGGACCCUGUUGACUUCAAAAUGUCUUUUGUGUUCUGCAGAAAGCAAGAAAGUUAUACAGGUUUGAAACAACAUGAGGGUAAGUAAAUGAUGGCAGAAUUUGCAUUUUUGGGUGAACUAUCCCUUUAAGAUAAUCAACAAUAGCCUUUCCCCACAAGUAAUGGUACUGUAUUUUCACAUACUCUCAUAUAUUAUUAUAUAAGCAUCUCUGGUUGUAUUAGACCAGGUGGGACCUCUGUUGAAUAUCCAAACGAUCCUCAGUCGUAUCCAUCCCACGUUCUUCACUUUGAGUGCUUUCAUUGGAGCACAUGAACUGUUUUGUUGGUUGAAAGCACAAAUGUACUGAGAAAUACUGAGAAUGUCAUUCAUUUCUUGUCAGAUAAAAGUGCUCAGACAUUUUUGGUUAGAUGGUCAAUCAGAUUUUUUGUUUUCUGUUAAGAACCCACAGUUAGACCAAAGAUGGGUUGGGGAGGAUGUUUGUGUUGCUUGUUGAAUCUCUAAAGCAUUUUAUUACCAGGUUUCUUCGUCUCUGUGUAAGUUGAAUUGAAACCGUUGGCUUGAGAUUCAUGUUAGUUACUCAGACUAGACUCUUUGAUGACGCUGACCAUAGAAGGAACAUUUAUCAUCAAUUGAUUUUACUGAUCCCUCCCCAGGUAUUUUGACCUAUAAAGAUAGCCUUAAGAGUUGAUGUAGGGUUAGUACUGCUGUCUGCAGUUAUGGCCUUAUGACCUCACCUUGGGUAACGCAGUUCUCCAUCUUAAAUCACAUAAGGUCUUCUGUGCCAGAGAGACUUUCUACCUCUGACCAGCUUCUCUCAGCAUGUACUUCAGUCAAUUCGAUUGUCCUUCUUUAUAUUCUUUUCAACUUACUCAGACCUCUUGAGCCUCACCUUGAACAUUUAUCACUGAGGGACCAGAACCAACAGCCGGAAGUCAAAUUUUAUCCACUUUCUCGCAUAUUUCUGUGAGGUUCCUCUCCUCCUUUUCUUUACAUUUGAUGUUUUAUUAGAUUCAACAUAACAGCACAUUUUUUACUUUUGUUCAGAAAGUGAGGACUGUGCCAUUAUACAUAAUAAUGAACUCAAUCUACAGUUAUCACAGGUGUUACAGCAGUAAGCUUGUGUAAUUCUUCAUCUUCUCUUAGUUGUUCAGAAAUGUUAGCCGGCUGAUGCAGUUGCAGUGCAACAAAUGGGUCCUUCUGGACUCCUACUGCAGCCCACUUCUGAGUCAAGCCUGAAAGAGUCAUGAACCCUGAGUGGGAGCGCUCCAGUUUGCCAUCCCGCAAAGCUUCAGGGGGUCAGAUCCAAAAAUAGAUCCAGCAUACACCCUGGCUGGGGUACAAGUGAUCUCCUCAGAGAGUUGAAAUGGACUGAGAUUGGUAGGAGGCUGCUUGUCUCCUCUUAAUGUCAAGGACGUAGUUCUGCAGUUUUCUUUACACCAGGCUUAUUGGAUACGUGAAUAUCUUCAGUCCCUGAUGCACAUGGUUAAACCUUUCCUUUGGCAUAUGAGCAAACUUGAUAAUGCAUUAGUUUCAGCUUUCAGUAAGCUAUUGAUGGUCCUCUCAAAAUGCAAUGCAUCGCAGCCUACUUAAGCCUACCUUCCCUGACCUGAUUCUGCAGCAAAAAGAGGCAGAGUGAACCAAUUUAUUAACCACUUUUACUCAGAAUAAAUAAAUGUUUUACCCUAGAUUUGUUUUACAGAGCAGGUGUCUCACUCGAACUUCAUUUUACCUUGCAGAUCCUCCAGGCUUCAUGUCAUGACAAUACGACUCAAUCUACCUGUCACGCGAAUUGUUUAACCAGCAGCUUGCAUGUUCUCCUUUUGAUGUGCCGUAAGCUCUUGUCAAAGGGCUGUCAUUUAAAUUCUCAGUGUUUCUGGUUUGUAACUCAGUAUUUUUUUUUUUUAGCUGUGGGUCCACCCCUCUGUAUCGAUGCCAUUUUGAAUUGGGUCAUCUGUGGUCUGAUGAGAAAAGGCCUCUCGGUAUGACAUUUCUCAUGUUUUUUUAUUUCCUGUUUUUAUGUAACAGUUGCAUUUUUAGUUUGCUAUUUUUCAGGUGACUGUUACCUGUAAGUCUAAGCAUUGAGUAAUUGGCAUCAGCACUUCCCUUCGAGGCAGCCGAGGGGAGAUCUGAGGUCUGUCAUGUCAUUCUAGUGAAUCGCUGCGUAACCAUGACCCAAAAUCGCCAGAUGGAUAUUUAGGCCUACUGCUGCUACUCAGAGGUUUUCCUGCCAGCGGAGAACAUUAUUUCUUGACGUCAAUGCCGUUCCCAGCGAUCUAGUCCCAUAUAGACCCAGCCAUGCCUUAAUAUUAAGGGGGAGGUUAGGAAAACUCCUUAGAUCACCUUCGCCUCUGCUAUACUCAGGCCAUUUUGAACUGCUAAGAAGUCAUUUAUUUCAUGUUAUAAAACACCAAUCAGAUCAUUUUGAGGGUGGGUUCUGAUUGCUGCAAAAGUCAAUGCACACAGUUGAAGGUAUUAUUUCGUGUUUGAGAUGCACACUGACCUCAUAAUUAAUACAUUUCUAUCACAAAUGCUAUUUAUUGUCGUUUGGGUUUAGUCUGGUUUGUGGGUUGCUUGCCUGAGAGACUGUUAGAGAAUGAAUUGGAAAUGCAUUUGAGCUCCCAGAUGAGAAGCUUGAAUCCUUGUUUAGUCUGUUUUGUAGAACUCAAACUAGCACGAUGUUUGACGUCAAAUUGUCAGUGUUUAAAAUUUACUGGGUUCGUUUGGGGGUGGGAAUGAAUUUGGCCACCAUACUUGAGAUCAUCUUAAACCAAGGAAUAAAAGCUAGAACAGAUGAAGGUACCCAUUGCACUAAAUUUUUGAUGGUGAUAUGUGUAACGCUUGUUGUGGAAUAGUGCCCUCUGUUGGCUCUAUUGAUUUAUUUUUGACUGAAACGUCUUGUUUAUUCAGUUCUAGAUUCACAGCUGAGUCAUUUUUCUUAAUCAUUCAUUCCUAAUCCUUUUAGUAUAUUUGCAUGGCGUUGCGUUAUUUAUCUCCAAAGUGCCGCAAGGCUGAACUGAACUGAAGGUUUGCGUUUUGGAUGUGUGAGGGGCAAGGGAAGUAGUGUUUGAAGACUUACAAGUCAAGAUCUCCAGGUUCUCUCUUGUGCUAUCUCUCUUACGGAGACGAUUUAGUGCCUUCCCUGCCUGAGGCUGGGCUUCCUCCACACCCCUUUUGUCUUAUGCAAGCCCUUUCUACAAACCUCUGUUUAACCGUCUCUUUGUAAUACUGUAGCCAACGCUUAGUGUGCAUAAUGUUUAUUUUGUCUUUUUUUUUUUUUUUUUUUUUUUUUUUUUUUCUCCUCCAAAAAAUAUUUUUCAAGAUUUUUGGUACCUUUGAUCACAGGCCUCAGAAAUAUGGUGUUUUGUUGUAUGUAAAAUGUAAAGUUUUUUAUAAAUAUAUAUAAAACAUGCGAUAUCUAUUUGAGACUUUGUGUGCGUGUACAUAUAUUUGUGUGUAUAUAUAUAUAUACACACACACACAUACAAAAAAAAGCAUUCUUUUGUGGAGUUGUGGAAAGUGUCUAUUUUUCUAUUCUUUUCUUUGGCCGGUGUAGUUAUGAACUUUACUCUGCAAUUAGGUGACUAAUGUCUUGGAAAUAAAUAGUUUUGAGUUAUAA